AAUAGCGUAUAUGCACCAAAUGCAAACGGAUACCUACCAAAUACAAGUGUUACAUCACCCAAUAAAAGUGGAUAUACCCCGAACACUAGUGGCUACGUACCGAAUACAAGUGGAUACACACCAAAUACCAGUGGUUACGUACCGAAUACAAGUGGAUACACACCAAAUACAAGUGGUUAUGUACCGAAUACAAUCGGAUACGUUCCAAACUCUAGUGGUUACGCACCGAACACAAGUGGAUACGUUCCGAACUCUAGUGGUUACGCACCGAACACAAGUGGAUACGUUCCGAACUCUAGUGGUUACGCACCGAACCCAAGUGGAUACGUUCCAAAAUCUAGUGGUUACAAACCAAACACUAGUAGUUACAUACCGAAUACAAGCGGAUACGUUCCAACAAGUUCAGGUUAUGUUCCAUCUGGGGUAUCGGGAAAUCCUAGUAAUAUGUAUCCAUUUAAUGCUAAUGUUAAUCGUAGUGGGUCUGUCAUCUUGGGCGGUUUCCCAGGUUCAUCGUAUAACAGUAAUUUCUACAACCCGAAUUCAAUAGGUUUUACUAGCAAUGCCGGAACUGGUCAGCUUUAUGUUCCAACUUAUGGUUCAAAUAGUCAAAGUAAUGCUCAUACAAAUACAGGCUAUGCACCAAAUUAUACCUCUAAUGACCAUAGUAAUACAGCUACCUCCAGCACUGGUUUUGGAGUGGUAUAUCCAAGCAGUUCAGCAUCCGUUGCCAAAUCUGGCGGUUUUCAAGGAUUUGAACUCGGUACUUUGCGUAGUAGUUCAGAUAGUGUAAACUCUGAAACUAUUUCAAAGGAUCGGGAUUUCAGAUCAACACCAAAUGACACUGUUGUAGCCAAUGUGGCUAGUACGUCCGGAGUUAGUGCCACUGUUACAAAUGGCACCUUGUCUGUAUCUGCUGGCUAA